GCCCCGCCGGGCCUCUCGGCCUCUCUGGCCGUAGGAACUGAAAGUAUCUAGGUCAGGGUUGUAACACCUAACAGAGUCCCCCCAGAGUGGGCCGGCUGGCGGGCGGGCUUAGCGCGGCCCCCGAGGCAACGGCGGCGCGGGCAGCGGCUGUGAGGGAAGCCCCGGGGGGCGACAAUCCUCCUCCCCCUCGCUCUCGCUCUCGCUCACGCCGGGCCCAUGGCCUUGGGGAGGCCGCGGCGAGGGCGCGGGCUGGGGCGCGGGCGGGCGCGGCACUGACAGGCAGGCAGCCAGGCCCCAGGCAGGGCAGGCAGAGGCCGCACUAGCUGCUGCGGGCUCGGGCUGUAGGGCUGCUGGGAGGAGGAGGAGGAGGCGGCCCUGGGGGAAAGAUGAGCGCCCAGCUGGAGGAGAAGGAGCAGCAGGAGAGGCUGAGGGAGGCCGCGGCCCUGGGGGACAUCCACGAGGUGCAGAAGUUGGUGGAGAGCGGGGUGGAUGUGAACUCCCAGAAUGAGGUCAACGGCUGGACCUGUUUGCACUGGGCAUGCAAGCGAAAUCAUGGUCAGGUGGUCUCUUACCUGCUAAACUCAGGAGCUGACAAAGAGAUUCUUACUACAAAAGGAGAAAUGCCAGUCCAACUGACAUCAAGAAGAGAUAUCAGGAAAAUUAUGGGAGUGGAAGAUGAUGAUGAUGACCUUCCAGAGCUGAAGAAAGAUUCAGAACUGCCCUUUGUUCCCAAUUAUUUGGCUAACCCCCCUUUCCCUUUUACCUAUACCACCACCACAUCAGAUGGUUCAGCUCAACUGCAAAAUGGGAGGUCCUCCACACCUCCAGCAUCACCUCCAGCAGAUCAUUCACUUCCCUCAGUACCACCUGGUGAAACAUCUCGUCUAGGGUCCUUUUCACAUGACCAUACCUCCUUGGCAAUCGUCCAGAAUGGGGAUAUGUCUGUCCCCUCUGCCAUAUUUAGAAAACCAGAAAGCACAAAACCUGGGCCUGUUUGUCAACCACCUGUGAGUCACAAUCGCUCCUUAUUCUCUCCUGUCACACCCAAGCCACCAGUGUCUCUGGAUCAACAGAAUGGGACUUUUACAGGACCAACACCAGCAUUCCAGCCAUUUUUCUUCACUGGAGCUUUUCCAUUUAAUAUGCAAGAGCUGGUACUUAAGGUGAGAAUUCAGAAUCCAUCUCUUCGAGAAAAUGACUUCAUUGAGAUUGAACUUGAUCGACAAGAACUCACCUACCAGGAACUGCUCAGAGUGAGUUGCUGUGAACUGGGGGUUAAUCCAGAACAAGUGGAGAAGAUCAGAAAGUUACCAAAUACUCUGUUAAGAAAGGACAAAGAUGUCGCCAGGCUUCAAGAUUUCCAAGAGCUAGAACUGGUUCUAAUGAUAAGUGAAAAUAACUUUCUGUUCAGAAAUGCUGCAUCAACACUGACUGAAAGGCCUUGCUAUAAUAGGAGAGCUUCCAAACUGACUUACUAACAGCAUCAGGGAUCCUUACCACUGAGUAUUGGGAUGAUCCAAGUCAUUUCCUAACCAAGGACAGACCGUUGAUCUAAAAAUCAAGGCUAAUGCCCUCAUUUCUGCACAGUUACCUGAGAGGGUCACAGGUACCCCAGCACAGUGCAUACUAACACAGUUCUGCCCUACAGCCCUCAAUGACAAUUGCAGAGCAGAUUCAUUAACCUGUUCUGACCAAGUAGAAACCCCUACCCCACAAGCAGUGGUGCUGCUCUUCCUUGUCUCUUGGUGCACAAACUCCUUGCUUAAAGCUUCAAAUUUCUGAAAAGUUGCCCAGAGAGACAAAAAUCUAAAGGUUUCUUUAUCUGCAAAUUGAAGGAUUUCCCAGGCAAAGGGACAAGGGUGGAACUUAUUCCUAUACCAGAUUCUUAAAUACUCCUUUGAUGAGAGGUAAUGCUCCUUUUCUGGUGGUGAAUGCACACAGCUCCCAUUUAGUAUGAGCUAAAUGGAAUAGGGCCUGGCCCAAAAAAAUCUGUCUGGCAGAGGACAGCAUUUCAAAGCUUCAGUAUAUGUUGGGGGCACGUACAGGUACUAGACAGAUGAAUUUAUGUGACUUGCAGGUAUAAGGUAAUGUAUUCAUAAAUGUUACUCAGGUUAAAGGUAUUUAAGGCUACAGUAUAACAUACCCUAGUUGUAAAUAUGCUGUUGACCAAACUAUCUUCCCUCCUGGUUUCCUUUGUAAAAACCCAUUUAUAACCGCUUGUCUGUUCACAGUAUGAAAAUCAUUGCCUAGAAAAUCGGUCUCUCAGCAUUCCCUUCUUAGUGGUCACUAGAGGUCUCUCUAAUGCUUCCUAAAAGAACAACCAGAUUUUUUUACUUCAUGAAGCAAUUACUGUCAUCGACAUGCUUAAUUUCAACAUGUAAAAGAGCCCAAAUGCUGCAGUCCCAAGGUCUCCACCUUCAUUUUCCAUUGAAAAGCAAUUUUAAGGCUGUUCUGUUGCUAUUUUGAAGGCUAUUGUGAAAAACAUGGCAGAAAAGGGGUUAGCAUCUUUAUUUUUAUAUCAAAAAUAAAGGUUGUUUUAAAAUUAUUAGAAUUUCUAUGCAACUCAAAACUCUGUUGCUUUUGUAAGCAAAUUAUGUUGGGUCUUUGAGUUUUGUGUUUUUCUACUUAAAGCCAAUUGUAAGCCUCACAUGACCUUCUGGAAUAAGUUAAUUGAGAAAAACUGAUUAAACUCUUAUGCGUGGCAUAAGAAUUUUUUAAUGGAUUAAUUCAAGAUUCUUUUUUCUUCGAAUAACUUUAGUGCUAAAGAAAAGCUACUGUCUUGUUUGAACUAACAGCUUAACUUCAGAAAUAAGAAUUAGCACACUUAAACAAGAUGGUGGGGGACAGGAAGCCAGCUGUUGAGUGGCAUCCCUGCUGUCUUAGGAAGCUUUUUUCCCCAUAGUGCCUAUAGUUUCCAAAGAAACUUAACUUCCUAACUGUGUUAAUUUUAUUGGAACACUACAAUUUAGUGAGAAUGUACAAAAAAUGUCAGUGGAAUAGAAUGUUGUCCUGAGGUAAUGGCCUCCUGCUGCUACCUAAAUGCUAAAGCUGGGUUGAGGUGUUUUUCAAGGCCAGCUUAAUCCUAUGUCAAUCUGUUGUGCAACUAAAAUUCCUGUCCUACCAAAUUACAGAUUGUGACUUACCCUUAUACUAGGUGUUUGUAUAGUAGAAUGAAGGUUAUUUAUUACUUACCUACUUUCUCCUAAGUGGUUUAAGGUAGAGACCUCCUUUGUGCUUCAACCAACUGGAAAGUAAAUUUAUCUAAAAAUACUAACCCUUCUUUGUUUUCUUUGGAAAAAGAUUGAAUGAACAUUAUACUGAUAUGAUUCAGGCCAGGUCUCUAGUAGAGGAAACAAGCCUAUGAUUAUUUCACCUCAAACCACUUGGAAUAAAAGUCUUCCAGCUAUUUGUGGUAGGAGUUGGUGGCUGGAUAUAUAUUUCCAAUGUAGUGACAGGUAGAUACAACCCAGUUCUUGCCUUCAGUGAGCUCUGAAAGUAGUCAAAACAAAGGGACUUGGGGACCCAAAGGUUUAUUAUUGGCCUUGUCUAGACUUACCCUAAACUGAUCUCUUCCGAAAACUUGUAUAUGGUCAGUUGGCUAAAACUCACAUUUAGCAUCUGAAUUAUAAUGCAGAGUUGCUGGUAGGUGAGUUUAAUGUCUUAAUCUAUGCAUUCAGAGAAAUAUUUUUAUAUGCUUUGUGUAAUUUAUAACAAGGAUUUUUUUUAGCUUUGUUAACUGUGAAUCUCCCCCAACUGCAUAAUUAAAGCAUGUGUUCACACCAUGUAUAAACAUCAGAAGGUUUUUCUCUUCAUGCAUUGCUGACUAUUUAAACAUAACAAGUAUUAUUAAAAUUAAAUAUUAACUGCCUGAA